GCAAACCCAAAUCUGGGUCUCUCUUAAACUUCAUCUUCUUCCUCCUUUCCUCCUUCCUUUCUCUGCUCAUCCUUCUUCUUUCUUCUCUCUCUCUCAAACCCAGAUCUGGGUUUUUCUCAAAGAAUUUGUACAGAUCGGGGAUUUUCGGUAGCAGCUUGGAUGUCCCCUAAUUUGUACAGGGUCAAGGAUUCAAUUUCAUAUCGAAUCCCUUUGGAAGAUAUAGAAGGAGGGUAAUCUGAUGAAUCUGAGAAUUUCCAGAGUUGAGGUGGUGGCAGUGGUGGCCCGGGUUCAAGCGGUGGCUUCGGUUUCCGAGAACGACGUUUGUUGGAAGUAAAAUAGAAACUUAAAGAGGCUGAGAAGGAGGAGCAAGCUGGCUGCCACAGCAACACCCACGAACACCCAUUUUUUGGAAGAUUGGAACUCUCCGUUGUCCGUUGUAUUUUUCCUCCCCUAUAUAAAUCGUCGGUCGGGUUUUACUCUCCGUCUGUCUCUCUCCCUUGUCUCCGUUGUAGCACACUUCGUAAAGAUUUCCCGUAAUUUUCGGCUUUGUUCCGUUAGGAAUGGCGUUCGUCUCGUUCGUCGGGAGAGUUCUUUUCACUUCGGUCUUCAUCCUCUCUGCUUGGCAAGAGUCUUGUUUGGUUGCUGAGAAAAAGGUGAGAAAAUUUUGCUGCACAUUUUCCUGCUUUCAUAGCUCAGAUUCAAAAAGGUUGUGAAGAAAGUUUGAAGGUGCUGGGAGCUGAAGAGCUAAAGAAUGAAGAAAGCGGUCGCAGCUCGCUCCUUUUCAAAUUGAAAUUGUCGUUUACAUAAGGAAAUUGAUGGGUUUUAGCCUUCUAGGUUUUUAGGCUUUCGUUAUCCUUAUUAUUUUAGUUUGUUGGUGAUGAUCGUCGGUGGGUCUUUAGAGGCUUCGGUGAAUUUGUGUGUGGUGUUUGUGAAAAAAAUGUAGGAGCGGUAUGUUAAUGAAUAAAUUUGUUAGUU